ACCGUCACCUCCCUGCAAUCCGCCCUCAGCACCGCCCAUCGCCGCCUCGCCGCCCUCGAAACGCAAUCGCGCGAGCACGAAAAGCUACAGACACUCUACGAGUCCACCCUCGCCGAAGCCACCGACCGCAUACGCCAAUACUGCUUCGAGCAACAAAACCACAUCAUAGCCCUACACCAACAUUACGACGACCUCAUUCGCCAAAGCCGAGAAGAAACACUCGAAGCGCAUAUAACACACCAACGAUGGCAAGAAAGCCUUUCCCGCCUCAGCGGGCAACUGCGCGAAGCGUUCAAGAGUCGAGAGCAAGAGAGACGGCCGUGGGUGGGCAAAUUGAGGGCCAUGAGGGAGGAGAACAAAGUGUUGAGGCGGAUGGCGGGAUGGGAGCCGUUACCACCUGAUAGUGAGGAAGAG